AUGUCAAUGGGAUCGCUUCUACUCUUGCUUCUUCUCAUCUGGAACUUCAAUGGCGAAUUGAAUGCUCUGAACGACGAAGGAUACGCUCUUUUGACUCUCAAGCGGUCAAUUUCCAAAGAUCCAGAAGGCUCUUUAACCAAUUGGAACUCCGAGAGCCAAGACCCCUGUUCUUGGAACGGAGUCACUUGUGAUGAUGAGAAGCUUGUUGUCUCUCUUAGCAUCCCCAAGAAGAAACUCGUAGGUUAUCUUCCUUCCUCUCUGGGCUUACUCUCUAAUCUCCGCCAUUUCAAUCUGAGGAGCAACGAGCUUAGUGGGAGCUUACCCGUUGAGCUCUUUCAAUCUCAACGGCUUCAAAGUUUGGUCCUUUACGGAAACUCCUUAUCCGGGUCCAUCCCAAACGAGAUUGGCGACCUAAGAUUCCUGCAAAUUUUGGAUCUUUCGCACAAUUCUCUAAAUGGGUCGAUCCCAGAAUCGAUUCUGCAGUGUAAGAGGCUUAGGAGCUUCGAUUUGAGCCAGAACAAUCUCACUGGCUCUGUUCCUAGUGGGUUUGGUCACGCUUUGGGUUCUCUACAAAGGCUCGACCUUUCUUUCAACAACCUCAACGGUCUCAUCCCUGAUGAUUUGGGCAAUUUGACUAGAUUGCAAGGUACUCUUGAUCUGUCUCAUAACUCGUUUAGCGGCUCGAUCCCAGCGAGCUUGGGGAGCUUGCCUGAGAAGGUGUAUGUUGAUCUAGCUCACAACAAUUUGAGUGGACCAAUCCCACAAACCGGUGCUCUGGUUAACAGAGGACCAACUGCGUUCUUGGGGAAUCCAAGGCUCUGUGGCCCUCCUUUGAAAGAUCCUUGCUUGCCAAACGCACAACACUCUCCAACAUCUCUUCCUUUUGUACCUGAAAGCCACGACAAAGGGUCCAAGAAAGGAGGAGGUUUGAGUAAAUCUGCUGUGAUUGCAAUUGUGGUCUGUGACGCCAUUGGGAUCUGCAUCGUUGGGUUUCUCUUCUCUUGUUGCUACUUGAAGCUCUGCUCGCGGCGUAACAGCGUGGACGAGGAAGGCUAUGUGUUGGAGAAAGAAGGGAGAGAAAAGAACGGAUCUUUCUGUUUCGGCAGAGACGGAUCAGAGAGCCCUUCUUCGGAUAAUCUGGAUGAGCCACAGCAUGAUCUUGUUCUGCUGGAUAAGCACAUGGCUUUGGAUUUAGAUGAGCUGCUUAAAGCUUCAGCUUUCGUUCUUGGCAAAGGAGGGAACGGGAUUGUGUACAAAGUUGUUCUUGAAGAUGGCUUAACCGUAGCUGUUAGGAGAUUAGGAGAAGGAGGAUCACAGAGAUGCAAGGAGUUUCAGACUGAAGUCGAAGCAAUUGGGAAGCUAAGGCAUCCGAAUAUCGUCAAGCUCAAAGCUUAUUAUUGGUCUGUCGAAGAGAAGCUUCUCAUCUACGACUACAUCUCUAAUGGAAGUCUUGCCAAUGCACUCCACGGGAAUCCGGCAAUGGUGUCAUUCAAGCCGUUGUCUUGGGAAGUUCGGUUGAAGAUAAUGAGGGGAAUAGCGAGAGGGUUGUUGUAUCUUCACGAGUUUAGCCCCAAGAAGUAUGUUCAUGGAUCUCUGAAACUCAGCAAUAUACUGUUGGGAGAGGAUAUGGAGCCUCGUAUCUCGGAUUUCGGACUCAUGCACCUCUCUAGCAUCGCCGGGACAUUAGAACCAACCAACAAGAACGGCUCGUCGAUCGGUCCAUCUGCGAACUUGAGCUCGUUUUACCAGGCUCCUGAAGCAAUGAAAGCAACGGUGAAGCCAUCGCAGAAGUGGGAUGUAUACUCGUUUGGGGUGAUCCUGCUAGAGAUGAUAACGGGAAGAUUACCGAUUGUUUUUGUCGGUAAAUCGGAGAUGGAGAUAGUGAAGUGGAUACAGAUGUGUAUCGAUGAGAAGAAAGAGAUGUCAGACGUUUUGGAUCCUUAUUUGGUGCCUGAUGAUGCAGAGAUUGAAGAAGAGGUCAUCGCCGUGCUGAAGAUUGCCAUGGCCUGCGUUAAUAGUAGCCCUGAGAAACGCCCUGCGAUGAAGCACAUCGCCGAUGCUUUGAACCAGAUUUGCCUUCAGUGA